UUCCCUUCUGCAAUAAUGUUGGCUGUUCUGAGAGAAGAGCUGAGCUGCUCCAUCUGCUUAAACAUUUACACAGACCCUGUACUGCUGCCGUGUGGCCACAACUUCUGCAGGGGCUGCAUUGAGAAGGUGCUGGGUGCCCAGGAGGGAUCUGGGGCUUAUUCCUGCCCUGAAUGCAGACAGGAGUCUGAGGAGCGCCCAACCCUGCCCAGGAACAGAACUCUAGGGAACAUAGCAGAGAAAUUCCUGACUAUUCACCCAAAGCCGAGGGAACAUGGGAUCCUCUGCACUUACUGCAUUCACUCUUUUGCACCUGCUGCUAAAUCUUGUCUCCUGUGUGAGGCUUCUAUAUGUGAGGCCCAUGUCAAGGUGCACAGCAAGUCUGAAGGACACAUAUUAACUGAGGCCACUGUUUCUUUCAGGAAUACAAAAUGCUCAAUACACAAGGAACUACUUAAAUACUACUGCUGUGAGGAUGGGGCCCCUAUCUGUGUGUCCUGCUGUCUGGUCGGAGAGCACAGGGGCCACAGGGUGGAGCUGCUGAGUGAGGCCUCUGAGAAGAAGAAAGAGAAACUGAGGAAAGUUGUGGAGAAACUGAGGCCAGAGAGAGAGGAGACUGAGAGAGGAGCCCAGAGACUGCAGGAGCGCAGGAGAGAAGUGGCAGAAAAAGCAGCCGGUGAGACAGAGAGAGUCACUGCCCUGUUUAGAGACAUCAGGGAACAGCUGGAAGCCCUAGAGAAGCAACUCCUGAGUGACAUCUCCAGGGAACAAGAGAAGCUCUCACUCACACUCACUGAUCUGAUGGAGCAGCUGGAAAUAAAGAAGGAAGAGCUGACAUGGAAGAUCCAUCACAUUGAGGAGCUGUGCAACAUGGCAGAUCCACUCAUUGUCCUACAGGAAUGGGCAUCAGAUGGAGCUGAGUUUUGUGGGGCUGUUAAUGACAGUAAUGAGGGAGAAGAAAGAGAUAAGAGUGAGGUCCCUGUUGUAGGCCUGAUCUCAGAGACAUUUCUCACAGGAUUAGCUGGGAUUGUGACUGGGGCAAAAGGAAGGAUCUAUGGGCAGGAGGCCACAGACCUGGUACUGGAUAUAAACACUGCUGGGAGUAGUGUUUUGGUUUCUGGGGACAAGAAAACUGUGUCCUGUACAGAAAAAAAACAAUGUCGCCCUCAAACCCCAGAGAGAUUUGAGGAAUGCCAAGUUUUAAGCAGCAGGAGUUUCCAAUCAGGGCGACAUUACUGGGAAGUGGAGGGCAGUGAGUGUGGGUACUGGUUAGUAGGAGCAGCCUAUCCCAGUAUAGAGAGGGGAGGAUGCCAGUCAGUUAUUGGGAAUAAUGGUAAAUCCUGGUGCAUGUACAGAUGGAGUAAUUACUAUCUAGUGAGACAUCAGGGUAAAGAGACCAAGUUGUCCCAGGAUCCAUCUUGCAAGAGAUUAGGGAUCUCAUUGGACUAUGAGGCUGGACGUCUGUCCUUCUAUGAGCUGAGUGAGCCAAUCAGGCACUUACACACCUUCAUUGCCCAAUUCACUGAGCCCCUCCAUGCUGCUUUCUCUGUGUGGAGGGAAGAUGGUUGGGUGAGAAUCAUUAGUUAGGACACAAUGGGAAUAAUGGGAAAUGCCAUCAACAGAAUGAACAAUAAAAGAACGGAUUUAUGGAAAAAUGGGAUUGUAGAGGAAUGGUGCCCUUUAGUUUUGCCAAUGAAAACUACAGAGAGGAAUAAGGAAAUUAUAGAUAAGUACUAACUAAUGUAAUUGCCUGAAUAGCAAGUGACCUGUAUACAGCAAUAUCCACAUAGAGAUGUUGUAUAUAGUAUCCAUCUGGCACCUCCAGUCCCUCAUUUAUAAUGCCCCACCCAGUGCAUCCCGCCAAUGCAUUAAGGUUGCCACUUGUUAGGUGGCAAAACUGCCUGCUGGGCUGACUGGGUCAAAACUGCCUGUCUGCUUUUCCAAAUAAGGAAAACCAACAGGAUUCCCCAAGAUUGACUUGGAGAUCGGGCAGUUGCAAUCUCCAGUCAUAGCCCAGUCCCUUACGUCAUCACACUGACCUGUUACAUCAUUGUCCCUCCCCUGUUAUGUCACAGCCCCGCCCACAGCCCAGUUACUACUGGGGAAAGGUGACAGCCCUACAAUGCAGGCUUCCCAGGGAGCCCUAAUAAGAUGCUGUAAAGGACAAGUAAUUGUGAGAGUAAAAUCUUAAGAGUAGAUAUUACAUUCAGGGCUUUUAAACACUUUGUGACCCUUGACACCUAUUUCUUUGGGCAAAGAAAAUGACUGAACAGGCUGACGUUACAGUAAUGUCGCCCAUUGUACUAAUCAUUGUACAGCACUGUAUAUACCUGCACAUGUAUAAACUGAUAAUCAGGGUGUGUAACUCCAGGGAAUGAGACUGUGGCUAAAUGUUCAUUAUAGGAAGUGUUUGUAGUGGAGCAGCUUUGUGUUGUGCAGCUCAGGUGUAGAUAGAGAAGGGCUGCUGUGUUGUGUGUCUAAUUAAAGUCAAAUUAAAUGCCUGUAAGUUCAAUACAUACACUGGCGCUACCAUAUCCCUAUAUAAAUAUUAGUAUUAAGAUUUUGCUCAUGCUCAGUACCUGGCUAUGGAUGAAUGCAGUCAGUGCACAUGUGCAAGGGUGAGACAGGUCACUAGCCUUCUGGAAGACACUGGCCAUACACUAUAAUAUCCACUCACCAUAGCCCAAAAUCUGCUAAUCUGAUGCUUUGGCCCUAGGGCUAGUGAUGGGCGAAUUUCGCACGAAAUACGCAAUUUUGGGCGUUUUGCGAAUUUAUUCGCUGGCGGUGAA